ACCACAACGUUCUCUGGGGAAUCUGGCUCUAUGCCACGCGGAUCGGUAAAUGUAUCUAGUAAUUGACCAUUCUUCGUUAAAUCCGUCAACUGGGUUGACAUCUGACGUGUUUUGAAACGGGUCGUUUCUAGCGGGUGAGAAAAGCCGGAUCUUCCGAAGACCAGAAGGAGGGGAUAUAGUUUUCCAAUACUUUAUCAAUAAGGCCAUCACCGUCAUCUUACAAGCUUAACCAUCAACAUACGAUCCGUCCAGGAAACCACGAGACAAGAUGGGUAACCAAUUCAGCCAGAUGUUCCCCCCAGCACCUACCUUCACCGAAGACUCGUUGCCCGACCUCAAAGACAAGGUCUUUAUCGUGACCGGCGCCUCAGCUGGCAUAGGCAAAGAUCUAGCCCGCAUCCUCUACUCGCGCAAUGGUACCGUAUACGCUGCUGCGCGCUCAUCGGAGAAAUCAACCGCAGCACUCGCGUGGAUUAAAGAGCAGCACCCAUCCUCUGCAGGCAAACUAACCCAUCUCCACCUCGACCUCAACGACCUCGAAGGCAUAAAACCCUCUGUUGAAAAUUUCCUCGCCCAGGAAUCCCGUCUAGAUGUGCUCAUCAACAACGCAGGCGUCAUGCUGACCCCGCAAGGCUCAAAAACAAAACAAGGUUACGAACAGCAGCUCGGGACCAACUGCGUUGCCCCGUUUCUUUUCACAAAGCUGCUUACUCCGCUGCUGGUUGCGACGGCCAAGAAGGAAUCUGCGGGGAGCGUAAGGGUGGUGUGGGUGUCGAGUGCGGCGGCGCAUGUAGGUGCGCCAAAGGGAGGGGUAGAUAUGCAGAAUCUGGAUUACAAGAAGGAUGCUGGAGCGCCUACAAAGUAUUCGGUUAGUAAGGCAGGGAAUGUGUUGCAUGCUACGGAGUUUCAACGGCGGUAUGGCGGGGAGGGUGUGGUUAGUGUGUCACUCAAUCCUAGAAAUGUCGGUACAGAUCUUACCAGGUAUACGCCUAAGUGGUUGAAGUUGAUCUUCCUGCUCAUAUUAUACCCACCUGUAUAUGGUGCAUAUACGGAGCUUUUUGCGGCGCUGGCGCCCGAAGCUGCGAAGCUCAAGGAGAGCGAGUGGAUUGUGCCUUGGGGACGCGUGGUGGGGUUGAGACAGGAUUAUUAUUCUGAGCAGGGCAAAGAGAAUGCAAAGGCGUUUUGGGAGUGGAGUGAGCAGCAGGUUAACGGUAUGCGUGAGAUUUGGAAGGAUGCGACGAAAGUGUGUCUAGGACGGCAAUUUUUUGAGCGUUUUUGAUUUUCGUGGCCAAAUUGUAGUAUGGAGUUCGAUAAGACAAAGAUUAGAUGACGGAGCUCAAGAAAACAUUAUACAAUCAGACUGUUCACAUGCGUAG